CUGGACAUUUUACCGUCUACAACCCGACGAACGACAACCGCCGCUCUUGACCAUAGCAGAGGUUCAAGCACGCCAAAAUGCCUAACAACAGACUGCAAUACCGCCGCCGGAACCCGUACAACACGCGGUCCAACAAGGUUCGCAUCAUCAAGACCCCUGGUGGUGAGCUCCGGUACCUUCACCUGAAGAAGAAGGGUACCGCUCCCAAGUGCGGUGACUGUGGCAUCAAGCUCCCCGGUGUCCCCGCUCUCCGCCCCCGCGAGUAUGCUCAGAUCUCCCGCCCCAAGAAGAACGUCAGCCGUGCCUACGGUGGUUCCCGCUGCGCCGGCUGCGUCAAGGACCGCAUCGUCCGCGCUUUCCUGAUUGAGGAGCAGAAGAUCGUCAAGAAGGUCCUCAAGGAGUCCCAGGAGAAGGCUGCUGGCAAGCGCUAAGCAACGUCUGUUUUCGUCGGUGUUGGUCUUUUGGGGAGCGAACGUUAUGGAAAAACGGGAACGGUUCUCUUAGAAUCUAAAAAAGGAUGAACAGGAACCGCUAGCACGCGAGUCCAGCCAUAUCUGGGCCGUGGCUAAGCAAAUGAAACCCAACCUUAUUACCUUCAUGAGAUUCCUACGAAAUGUGUUCAACUUGAUUCUGUUGUUGGUGUAUUCUGGCACUGCGAUUGUUUCUCAAUUGUGUGUCGUUGGUUCUACGAAGGUUGUCUUCCGAGAUACUGCUUAUCCCGGUUUUCUCACCCAUUUGACUCCUCCUUCACGCCUAUAGAAUGUAGAUGAAGCCCUCCCGUAGAGGCAUUUUGAGCAACCUACGUCUUCACCAAUUCCACCCAUCUCAAUCGCCAACGCCAAUGGCUUCUUU